CUACAAAGGUGAUAAUUUUUGACAUUGCACUAUCAAAGUCUAGAAGAAAAGAAAAAAUCCAAAAACAAAAAGGCUAUAUUAUCCACUGUAGAGUUAAUAUUGCCCAAGGCUGAGCAUAGGUACUGUGCAAAACAUAUUUAUUGCAAUUGGGCAAAGUUGGGUCAUAGAGGUGAUGAGAUGAAGAUCUGCUUCUGGAAUUGUGCAAAGGCAACAUUUCAGGAUGAUUUCACUGAUAAGUUAGGUGAUUUGUUUGCAAAGAAUAGGCAAGGACAUGAUGACUUGUUAGGGUACCUUAGAGAGCAUUGGUGCAAAGCAUUUAUCCAGAAUAAUUGUAAAUGUGAUGCAAUUGACAACAACAUUUUUGAAACUUUCAACUCUUGGAUACUAAGGGCAAGGUGUGAUGACAUUAGUCCUAGAAUCAGAAAAAAGCUUAAGGAACUGAAGGCAGAGUCACAGGGAUGUAGUGUGCAGCCAAAUGGGGUUAAUGAGUUUAAGGUCAAUGAUGGUGGGGAUCAGCAUGUUGUCAAAUUUAAUGACAAAACUUGCACAUGUAGAUAUUGGCAACUCUCGGGGGUUUCUUGCCCUCAUGCUUUGGCUUGCAUAAGGAAAGGGACAAAAGCAUGGAAGGCUGUGGGUGAAGAAGAGUUGUUACCACCACUUGUUAAGAGCAUGCCAAGGAGGCUGAGGAGAAAGAGAAGAAGACAUAAAGGUGAACCACAAAAGAUCAAGAAAGGGAAGCUUAGGAAGCUUAGUGGAAAAGGGAGAAAAAUGGCAUGCAAUGUGUGUGGCAAUGAAGGGCACAAUCAGAGAACAUGCCCAUUUAACAAUGAAGAAGGUAGAAAUGAGAGUGCAAGUGCAAGAGUGAAAAUCACUGGUGUAAACAAGAGAAAGAAACAGGGAGGUGAAGGUGCCUCAACCUCAGGUAGCAAGAAAAAGAAGGCGAGGGUCCCUACAACCACAGGGAGCUUUAUUGGUGUUGAUGAUGCUGUUGCCAGUAGUGUGCCUACAAGACCUACCACAACAGAAGGCAAUGAGAAGCCGUAAAUAUUGCUUUUUAAAUGGAGAUGUUUUGUUAGUUACUUUUUGUCUUUUUUGAAUAGUGGUGAUUUAGGGCUUUGGUUUAUUCAAAUUGUGACCAAAUAGGUUAAACCAAUAUCAUGUCCUUAUCUAUAUAGCUUGAAUUAGUGAAUGACCAAAAACAACAGUAUAUAUGGUCAUAUGGAUUCACCAUUUUGAAUAUUUUGUAAUAGUAAAUUGCAAAAACAACA